AUGGUUAAGUAUACAAAAGAACGCUUAUUAAAAAAUCCAAUGAUAGUUCAUAUAUCUGAUUGUGGUUUGGAAGUAACAUGUAAAUGUGGAAAAGUUAUUAAACUUAAACGAGCUUAUGAUGAAGUUUAUUUUUUAAGUCAUAUUAAUAGUGGUGGUUGCAAGUUCCAAGAUGGUGUCGUUUCAAUUUUGAAUUAUUUUUCACCAACUUUAAAAGAUAAUCAACCUACUACAAAACGAUAUACUUGUACUGGAUUAGACAGCCCAAUUUACAAAGCUUAUAUUAAUCAAGUAUUUACUCAUACUACUCAUGUUGUUGCCCAAGAACUUUUUCCAAAAAAAUUUCCUCCAAAUAAGGCUGUAAUAUAUAAGAAACUUUCAGAAAAUGAUUUGCAAUUAUUGGAUAAAGAAAUAAUUCGACAAUCUAAGUGGAAAAUUGAAGGUUUAGUAGUACGAUCUGUUUCAUGCGAGCAAUAUACUACAAAUUCUUCUCGUUUAUGUAAUUAUUGUAAAGAAGUUCAAGAUGAUCAAGUUUUUAAA